AUGUCGACCUCUCGCGUUGGUUUGCGCUUUUUCCAGAACACCAGAGCUGCGUUCCGUAACGCCUCUGCUCCUUUCCGCAGACAGGGCCGUCGGUUCCAGAGCUCAGAGGCUGGAGCGGCGCAGGAGCAGCAGAGCACUUUCCAGCGUCUAUGGAACAGCCCUAUUGGCGUCAAGACGGUGCAUUUCUGGGCUCCCAUGAUGAAGUGGGCUCUCGUUAUCGCAGGUAUUUCCGACUUCGGUCGUCCAGCUGAGAAGCUGUCUUUGACUCAGAACGGUGCCCUCAUGGCCACGGGUGCCAUCUGGACCCGAUGGUGCCUGAUCAUCAAGCCUCGUAAUGUUCUUCUUGCUACCGUGAACUUCUUCCUGGGAUGCGUCGGUGUCGUCCAGGUCACCCGUAUCUUCCUCUGGAAACGCAGCCAGGCCGGCUCUACAGCUGAGGCUGCCAAGGAGAUCGAGCACGAAGUGGUCGACUCCGCCAAGGCAGUCGAGAAGGCCGCCGAGGGAGCUCUGAAGAAGAGCAACUAA